AUGGCGGCUGCGGAGGAGGGCGGUGGUGUGGCGCUGGGUCGGAAGCUUUCAGUCUCUACCUCUGAGCCGGCGGGGACGCUCCCGUGUUUCGUUCCCGAGCAGGCGCGUGGCCCCGGGGCAGCGUCUCCACUCAGUAGCGCCGAGACGUGGCCGCUCAAACGCUAUGGCCGCUUUGUCUCCCCGGGAGACCCACCGUGUGGGGCGCGAGCUUCGGCUUCCUGGAAGGUUUUGGAGUCAAGUGAAGAAUCAGGCCAUCUUAUUCUCACCAUUGUUGUAUCUGGACAUUUCUUCAUUUCCCAAAGACGGGCAGUACAGGAAGGUUUUUCAUUAAUUGAUGCCAACAAAUGGUUGAAGAUAGUAAGAAGAGCAGAUUGUCUGUUGUUUGGUUCAAGGUUAAAAAAUGAAUGCCGCAUGUUUCGUAUUCAGUUUGGUGGAGAUUCAAAAGAGCAGGCGCUGGAACACUGCUAUAAUUGUGUGCAGAAACUUGCAGACUAUGUAACAGUUCAGGUAACAGAUGAGCAAAGCCAGGAGCUGCACCAAGGACAUAGUCAGCUGGCUAACAGUGAAAGUCGAGUGAAGGACUUUGAACAAAACACAUCAAUGCUGCAUGGACCAAGUCACAUUAUAGAUAAGCCUCCAGCCCAGUCAUGCAGAAGCUUUCCAGAGAGACAGAGAUCCGUGACAGAGCUAGCACAGUCUGUGCUGAAGUCAUCAACAUUUGCACUCCCCCUUGCAUAUCAGCAUUCCGUGUGGAGUGCUGAAGAAUUAGGACCUUUUAUUCGCCUAUGUCUCAUGGAUCAGAACUUCCCAGCAUUUGUGGAAGAAGUGGAGAAGGAGUUGAAAAAACUGACAGAAGGUUGAGGAAAUGUUAAUACAUUUCAGAAUGUCUCUACUGGAGGAGAUGAUCUUGGGGAUUUGAGAAGAGUGGCCAAACCAAAUGAGAACACUUCAUGGGAGCCUAUAUUCAGUACACUUAACUGUUGAUGCAUACAUCAUUUUAGGUGCGCACUUAAUGAGUUUAAGAUAAUGUCAUUACAAAUGCUUGGAACUUGACCAAAUGAACACCAGUUUCCUCUGAAAUAAGUCCAUGCACUAUUUUCCAUGCCAAAUUGCAAGUGUUAAGAUUCUGCUGUAACCUCUGGUCAGCCCUCACUAAAUAAAAGGUAGAAAAGUGCAAUGGAUUAUGAAGAGCCACCAAUGGAAAAGGUGGUACUAUAACACAGGCUAUUCUGAAUCCCAGCCUAGUGCAUAUUCUGCUAAGCAAAAAGGGGGUUGUAAACAGAGAAAAAGACUAGUAAAGAGAAGUUUUUUAAAAAUUAAAAGUUUAUCAGCACACAUGUAAAGUUUUGUGGGCUUGUUGAGAGCCACCUUGGGACUAGUUUAGAGUUUUAUACUGCCACCCAUCACUACAGUGAGUAUGCAUCACUGUGCACCACUUUGCUAAGCUUGUUAGAAAUGCACCUAGGGACAAAGUCUCUGUGCAUGCUUUGUAGGCAUUUUUUACAUUCACAUAACCUGGCUGAACCAAAGCAGAUUUUCUCAGAACCCAGGAUAUGCAUUACUCCAUGUCAGAUUGAAAUUUACAAGCCUCGGCUGUUUUGAUAAGGCUGUUUAUUAAAAAAAAAAAAAAAAAUCUUUUUAAUGAAGACUUUCUGUUCUCCAUGGUAUUACUCAGAAAUGGUAGAGCUAUUUUCGCUCCAACUUUGCAAAGAAGUUCACCGUUGGGCUCAGAAAUUUUCAUCCCAAUAGGUGAACAUUUGAAGACCACUGAAUAAUCAAUCUGUUGUACUGCCUCAGCUACAGUAGUUAUUGUUGCAUAAGUUAUGGUACACUGGAACACUGUGGUACCUGUCUGAUACACGAGAAGGAUUCUCCAGUAUUAUAAAAUGAUAGCGAAUUAUGAUAUGGACAUGGUCAUUCCCUGCUGCACCCGCUUCCCCUGAUCACUUGAAAACAUCACAUCCUUAUAGUGAGCGAUAAGUUUCUCACUAGGACAACUUGGGUAGGCUUUUGACAGACAACAUUGUAAGCAACUGGUUGUUACGUUAAAGUCUGUUCACCAGUCUGUCUCUUUCAUAAACCAGUUUCUCCUCCGAAACUGUCACCCUUCCUUAAAGAGAGGAAAAUAUAGUGCAAAGAGCUCAAAUAAGGAUAAAAUAAAAACUCUACUUUUCCUAAACACUGUACACACAUUAACUAAUGAAUCCUACCACCAGCAUGGAAGGCAGAUAACUUAGCUCCUUUCAACUUGGAUUUUAACCCAAUGGACACAGCUAGACUAAAAUCUCCAUAACAUUCCUUAAUUACAUUACGUAACCUCAAUUACAUAAAACACACUGUUAAAAACAUUACUGAUGCUUUCAGCAGAGACCAGGAUGCAAAACUUGUAUUACGAGACCAGAGAGUCUUAUUUAAAUAUCAAACAACAGAUGAAUGACUAUAAGAACAAUGAAAUCAUUGUCUCCCUAUGAUCAUCUGAAGUCAAAAUUAAAAUCUCUUUAAUGUGACAUGAAAACCUAUCCCUGAAUAUUGCUCAAUCCAACAGAGCUUGCCAGAUUUAGGCGGACACAUUAAGAGGGACUCGGGGGGGAGGGGGAGGUUCAGUUUAUUCUCCUAUGCUGUAUGACUAAGUGUCAGAUCUAAGGGCUAUAGCAGGGAAGAGAGAUGGAACCAUGGAACCACUACCAGUUUUACAAUAAACAUUUCAAAGAUUCAGUAGUAACUGUCCAACUAUAGCAUGAGGAGUCAGGGACAAGCAAAGCUAGGAAUUAAUGUACAGAUUCUGCAGAGCUACUGUGAAGGGCCUAAUAUUUGGAGAGAGAACAGCUGCUGAAAUGAGAACUUUUCAGAACUCUUCAUGGACUAUGGUGCUUAUUUUCUCUCAAUGACCUGGUUCCAUAAGUUUUACAAGUGGCUCUGAGAACAC